GAGUAAAUCAAGAUUCUUCCAGUAGACCCGGAGGAACCAUUCAAGAACGAUGGAUAACGCCCUACUACAACAGUUGAUCACGGCACAGCAGACAACCAUAGAACUCCUGCAACAACAGCUGAGCCGACGAGAAGAACCUAGAGUUAAGCCAAGAGCGGCUGCUCACGCCAUCUUACCUCGUCUCUCCAAGGAGGAUGAUAUUGAGGCCUUCCUCAUGACCUUCGAAAGGACGGCCACCUUGGAAGAGUGGUCGCCCACAGAAUGGGCGAGCGCAUUAGCCCCUCUUUUGACCGGGGUGGCUCAGGAAGCCUAUUUUGACCUGGAUUCCCGCGAAGCUGAGGACUAUGGGCGACUAAAAACCGAGAUCCUGUCCCGGUACCAGCUGACUGCCAGAGAUAGGGCUGUAAAGUUCCAUCAAUGGACCUAUACAGCUGAUCAACCCGUCCGUGCCCAGAUCUUCGCAUUAAUACGACUGACGAAACAGUGGCUAGAACCUGGAAAGGGAGUAGGACAUGUGAUAGAGACUCUCGUAGUGGACAAGAUAUUGAGAGAAUUGCCCAGUGACUUAAAAAGGGUUGUGGGGCAAGCCAACCCGUUGUCAGCCGACGACAUAGCCCAGGCGGUGGAAACAUAUCGGUCUACAGGGGAGUUGUUAAAAAGUGACAAGGAGGAACGGAAGGAGUCUUCCAAUCCCGUACCACGACUCACCCCGGCGCGCCCGCCACCGAAACGUCCAAGCCCCCCCCGGAGGUGGGAGAAGUCAGCCACCACACAGCAGGGUCGGUGUUAUAAAUGUCAGUCUCCCAACCAUUAUGCCCCACAAUGUCCUAGCAAGGAUGAGCCCAUGGUCACGGAGUCAUCACUGCCUACCCCCACACAUCCCGUUUUGAGGGGGCAGGAUCAACACUGUUGGUUAGCAGAGAUAGCCCCAGCCUCAGAGAUUCCGGUGCGAGUCGAAGGACAAGAUGUGGUAGCUAUUCUCGACUCGGGAAGCAUGGUUACGUUAGUAGAGGAGCGGAUGGUGACCUCCGCAACACUGUUACCAGACAAAGUAGCCGUAUCCUGUAUCCAUGGAGACACCCACUAUUACCCCACUGUGAAUCUGCCUAUUCUCACUCCAAAAGGAAGGUGUACAGUCAGGGCAGGGAAAGUGCCCCAGCUGAAGGUGCCAUUAUUGAUCGGGAGAGACUGUCCCCUAUAUAAGGAGCUUCGGCAGAUGACGUUAUGCACGGGAAGAAGGGGGACAGGAAAGAAGAGAAAAUCCAAGCCCGAGGUAGUAGUCCUACAAGGAGACGUAGCCGCGUCCUCGUCCUCUGCAGCAGAGGAAGAAAUAGCGACCCAGCGUUUACGACAGAUAUUCCAGGAAACCACUGAUGAAGACACAUGUGAAGGGUUAUACACAACGCAGGAAGGAAGGAGCAACCAGGCGCUAAGGGAUAUAUUUGAAGCUCCAUCCGAGGAGGGAACCUGGAAGGGAUUCUCCUCGGUCACCCCUGAUGGGGAUAUGGAACAUCCUCCACACCCCUCUACCGAGGUCGACCUGCACCAGGAAUUAAAGGGACAGUUCGGCACCUCGCAGCAUAGAGACCCAGACCUAAAGGAGGCCAUGAGGAAGGUGAAGGUGAUCGACGGGAGGAACGUCGACGGAUCAGGUGAGCCCCCUCUUCCUUACUAUGCAAUCAGGCGGGGUCUCUUAUACUGGGUCGUACGACGAAGGGGGGAAAACCAGGAAUUACUAAUGGUGCCUAGGCCAUACAGGGAUACAGUUCUACAGUUAGCCCAUUCCCACGUCCUAGGAGGACACCUGGCACGAGACAAGACUAUUGACAGAAUCAUGCAGAGAUUCUAUUGGCCCCGGGUCACCCGGGAUGUGGCCAGGUAUUGUAGGACGUGUGAUCAAUGUCAACGUACAGCCCCACGGCCACACCUGCGUAACCCUUUGAUUCCUCUCCCCAUCAUAGAGACUCCCUUUGAACGCAUAGCUAUGGACCUCGUAGGGCCCCUCCCAAAAUCCGCCAGAGGACACGAGUACAUCCUAGUGGUUAUAGAUUACGCUACCAAGUUCCCGGAGGCCAUACCCCUGCGUAACAUGUCGUCAAAGGGAAUUGCCAAGGAGCUAUUCCUGAUGUUCUCUCGUGUGGGCCUCCCCAAGACUAUCUUAACCGAUCAAGGAACCCCGUUCAUGUCCCGGUUGAUGAAGGACUUGUGUCGGUUAUAUCAGGUUCAACAGAUACGUACAAGCAUAUUCCACCCUCAAACAGACGGGUUGUGUGAACGCUUGAACAAAACGAUUAAAAGCAUGUUGAGAAGAGUGGUGUCCCGAGACGGGAAAAACUGGGACAUGCUUCUCCCACACUUAAUGUUUGCCCUGCGAGAAGUACCCCAGGCAUCCACUGGAUUCUCUCCGUUUGAAUUGCUCUAUGGCAGACCCUGUCGAGGAAUCCUCGACUUAGCCAAGGAGACCUGGGAGACCCAACCAUGUCCCUUUCGAUCCACAAUAGAACACGUUACCCUGAUGAGAGACCGCCUGUCAGCAGUGUGGCCCAUAGUCAAGGAGCAUAUGGAGAAGGCCCAAAGGACCCAAGGCCAGGCCUAUGAUAAGUCUGCGACCCCCCGUGAGUUCAGCGUGGGAGAGAAAGUGAUGGUGCUUGUGCCCACGGCCGAACAUCGCUUGCUGGCGCAGUGGAGGGGGCCCUACGAGGUAAUGAAAAGGGUCUCACCGGUCAAUUACCUCAUCAAGCAACCUGACAGGAGGAAGAAGGUCCAACUCUAUCACAUAAACCUGCUGAAGACGUACCAUGGACGAGAGGAGGAGGUGGCUUUGAUGGCCCUGGAGGGCAAAGGAAAAGAGGAGACUCUACCACAGGUGCGCCGUGGCCAAACUCUCCUACCGGAGCAGUCAAGACAGCUAGACAAGCUGAUUAUGAACUUCGGUCGAAUAUUCUCUCCAUUCCCAGGACAAACAGAUGUCCUGUUCCACCAUAUCCACACGGAACCCGGCAAGAAGGUGCAUAUCCGCCCUUACAGGAUUCCUGAGGCUCGCCGAGUCAUCGCUAAGAAAGAGGUGAGGGAGAUGUUGAGGAUGGGCGUGAUCGAACCCUCGACGAGUGAGUGGUCCAGUCCCAUAGUCCUGGUCCCCAAGUCCGAUGGUAGUAUGAGACUCUGCAACGACUUUAGGGGCGUGAAUGCCAUCUCUACAUUCGAUGCGUAUCCCAUGCCCCGUGUGGAUGAACUCUUGGAGCGCUUAGGAAAGGCCAAGUUCAUCACUACCCUGGAUUUGACAAAGGGAUAUUGGCAAGUGCCGGUGGCUCCGGAGGAUCGCCCAAAGACUGCCUUCGCCACCCCAGAGGGGCUUUUCCAGUAUGUGAGGAUGCCCUUCGGACUGCACGGUGCCGCUGCAACUUUCCAACGCCUCAUGGAUGCCAUUCUACGGCCCCAUCAAGAGUAUGCAGCGGCGUACAUAGACGAUGUGGUCAUCCACAGCGAGGACUGGGAUAGUCACCUCCUGCGAUUACGGGCGGUGCUCGUGAGUUUGGAAGCCACCGGGUUGACAGCCAAUCCAAAUAAAUGCUGCCUGGGCCUGUCCGAAGCGGAAUACCUGGGGUACACCGUGGGGAAUGGGAAAAUACGCCCACAGGCAGAGAAGACCAGGGCAAUUCGUGACUGGCCUCGACCCCGGACCAAGCGAGACGUUCGGGCCUUCUUAGGGAUAACAGGAUAUUAUCGCCGUUUUAUCCCGGGAUAUGCAACCAUUGCCAACCCCCUCACAAACCUCAUCAGGAAAAACCUGCCAAACCAGGUAGAGUGGAAAGACGAGACGGAAGAGGCCUUUCAAUUGCUAAAAGAUGGCCUGUGUUCUGAUCCCGUUCUACAGGCUCCGGACUUCUCACAAGAGUUCAUUGUGCAGGUCGACGCCUCGGAUACAGGGCUCGGGGCCGUACUAGCUCAGGGUAAAGGUGAAGCAGAGAAGCCGAUUCUCUUCAUUAGUAGGAAGCUCAGCGAUCGGGAACAGAGGUAUGCGACCGUAGAGAAAGAGGCCUUAGCCAUCAAGUGGGCCCUCGAUUAUCUCCGGUACUACCUACUGGGUCGGAGGUUUGCAUUAGUUACUGACCAUGCGCCCCUCACGUGGAUGGCUGGUAAGAGAAACAAUAACAACAGAAUAGCCAGAUGGUUUUUGUCUUUACAACCGUUCUCUUUCCAUGUCAUCCACAGGGCCGGAUCGAGGAACGGGAAUGCAGACGCGCUGUCCCGACGCGACCAAGACGGUGCGUCUGGCGCCCGACCCUCCGGUUCGGUCCUGGGGGGGAAGGUAUGUGGAAGGACCACCAGAGGGCAGGCUGGGCUCAUGGAUAGUAGCCCAACAAGGCAUGGGAGACAAGGUAACCAGAGGCAAUUAAGCACAGCUGACGGUACUAAUGACAUACUCUCCUUCCCCUAUAAGAGAGAGAAUGGAACCAGCAGAGAGAAGGGGAAACUAUCUCUGGAAGAUGGCCACCGAGAGAGAGGAGCUAUCCAUGAAGAACCACUAAGACGGUGACAAUCCCGUGACUUUUUGUUGUAGUUUAAAGAUAAUCCUAUUGUGUUCCUGUUUCAUCUGGAGAAGAAGAUGUAUGUUUUUUUCCUUAGAAGAUUUUCAUUGAUUAUGUUGGAGUGUUUGUGUUGACCAAAUGCCCUCAAUAGAGAACUGUGUUCAAUCAAGAAAACCUACUCCUGACUCGUUUAUUCCACCUUCCCGCUUUAGAGUGACACCCAAUUACUUGGUCCGCUCACACUAUAUACUACAAUAUUAUGCAAAGUUAGUGUUGAGAAUAUUGAACAAUAUUCAUUUAUUUACAUUCUGUAUAGAGGGUGCUACUUUUUAUUUUUAAGUCCAUCUGAUAGAGAUGUAAAAUUGACAAAAGAAAACAUCUAUAACAAAGCAAGGUUAAUUUAACAGUAAUAUAAGACAAAUUGCAUUAAAUGUUAGCUGUGAAUGCUUGAUCUAUUAUAUUUUUGUGGUUCACCAGUUAUGUUGCCACUGUAUUGACUGACAUGUGGUACUGUUAGCAUGAAAAACACAUUUUCAGUUGGCAAGAAAUGGCAUACUAGAUGGGUAUUAAGUACUGUCAUGUGCAUAUGUCAACACAGGAAUCUCGUAAUUUUACAUUAAGCCAGAUCACUUAUCUGAGAAGAUGCUACAAAUAUCUGAAAAAUGUCUUGAGUCGCCCCAUACAAAUAUUUUUUGCAGCUUUGAAAUUGGCCAAUAGUAGGAACUUACACAACUGUCAAUAACCUUAAUAAUAAAGCAUCUGAUUGGCUUAGAAUGAAAAUCUGGUAUGGAUACAACUAAAUGAACUGGUUAAAACAUUAAAUAGCAGAAAGUGUUUAUUUUUGUCUUUUGAAUCCAGAGAUUGAAGUGGGUUUAAUGGGUACAUGGGCUUAAUAGGUACACUUACCCUAACUCUUCCACCAGUGCUGUAGUGAAUGAGAUACUUGCCAUUGAUAGGGAAGUGCCCACGUGGUUGGUUGUAUUAUUAUUAUAUUAUUUCUUGAUGAGAUACUGUUUGGAUUACACAGACGGGGAAGAGGGCAGACAUCAGAAUGACUGAAAUUAUUUCCCUGCCCUAUCGUCAAGAGUGUAGCCUGUGAUUUAGGGUUGGCUAAAAAUACACAAUUUUCAGUGAUCUUAGAAUUAUUAUAGAAGAUUGGGUCUGCAUGCCAAACAUAUUUCCUCUAGAGCCCUCAGCCAACUUUGGAUUUCGAAGUCGGUUCCACAGCUUUUUUGGGGGGGUGCAAUUUAAUUAUCAGGUAGAAUAGAACCAGCAAGCUCCAGACCUCGUAGUUCUAGAGCAGUGUUUCCCAAGUUCAGUCCCCUCCCCUGAUCUAGUCUGUGACCUUCACAUGCCUUUAGGCCUAACGGAACUUGUGAAACUACCAUGAACCUUUUGCACGUGAUCAUCUAUUUUCUCAAACGGAAUAACAGGAAAUGUGCAAAAUCUAGUAAACUACAAUGAGGCCUAGGUUUUUCUGACAUUCUUAUCUGGGCAAUUUAGUGAAGACAUGAUCCCAACAGUCGGAUUCAACAUGAGGAAGGUCACAAAAGAUCUGGGAUAUAGGAGGGCAGCCGAGGUUCAGGAGCAUGUGGGAGCGCUACUGUCGGGGAGUUAACGCAAUUGUGUGAGUAUCUGAGUUUGGCCAUUCCUGUCAGUCUGCAUGGGUACAACUUGAAAUGCGGGAAGAGGACAGAAAUGCUGAAGAUGGAUUGUUCUGUUUAGGGUUAGUUCAGUGGCUACAAGUCGGUGUUCGAACAUUGUGAUGGGCAUGUUUUGUACACUUCCAUUCCUUUUCAAUAUGCACAACACUUGCUCUUUUAGAUUUUUGAUGCAAUUGUAAACUUGUGACCUGUUUAAAAAAAAAAACUUAAAAAAAAAACUUUUAGAUAUAUGGUGGACGCAGCAGACCAUGAGAAGGUGGAAGCUUCCAGAAAUGAGCUUCACAAUUUGUUAGACAAGCCUCAGUUGCAAGGAAUUCCUGUAAGUAGGCCUACACUCCAGAAACUGCUACGAACACAUGUAAAUGAGGGAGUUUCUUUAUAUGAUCAGUCAGCAGACAUUUCUGCCACACAAGAUCUAAACUGUUAUGCUUUUUAGGUUUUGGUGCUUGGCAACAAAAGAGAUCUCCCCAGUGCUCUAGACGAGAAGCAGCUCAUUGAAAAACUGAACUUGGCAGCUAUUCAAGACAGAGAGAUUUGCUGCUACUCUGUUUCCUGCAAAGAGAAAGACAACAUGGAUAUCACACUGCAGUGGCUCAUCCAACACUCAAAAUCUCAGAGAAACUGAAUGUACCGGAACUGCACCCUCCCAGCUCCAUCUGCCAUAUUACCCUCAUGCCACACCAUGCUCACGCUGAUGUAUAGUUGUCCCUCCCAACUCAGUUGCUGCACUGUGCUGCUUGUGCCUCCCCCCUGGUGUUGUUGUUAUCCCCCCACAACCCCUUGCACUACUAAAAGAUGGUACCCCCUGGUCUAUAUCAUAUUCCAAGGCCCAUGAGUCACAGAAUCGGCGUUGCACCUCCUCCAAGAGGGGCUACUUCAGUGUCCUGAACAGAGCGAUUCAGUCUGCCUUCUGCGUCCUCCAGGCGGCACGGCAGACGUUUCCCAGGUCUGUAAGCCCAAUAGCCCAACUCUAUAACACCAGUGCAGGGUAUGCUAUUGUAGUUGUUCAGCCACUCACUGGGGCCUCUAAUCAUGAUACAUGUUCUCCAGACAGUCCUGUAUGAUGCUAGAAGAAAGUACAUAGACCUGUUUAUAUACAUCAUUGGGACUUCCAGGUUCCCCUCCUGUUUGUCAGAUUGUAACUUUUAUGGCUAUUGCCAAAUCCAAAUGGUUUUAUUUUGAGGACAUUUGUGAUAUUUUUGAAAGGAGAGCAAUGGAAUAAGUAAAUAGCUCAGCAGCCAGGUGUGUACACAUAUCAAGCUGGUAAGAUUUUUACUGACAUGAGCGUAUGAUUAUAUUUGAAAAGUUUGAAUGUACUGAAGGUAAAGCUGUAGUGUUGGUUGUGUGGUUUGUUUUGAAUUUGCCUCAUUGGGAUGAUGUCCUCUGCGGUCUAUGAGAGAGAGAGAGAGAGAGAGAGAGAAUUCAAAGUGCCUUGUGUAAUACCUCUCAUCCCUGAAGUAAAGCAGCAUGCAAGUUGUGCUUACCUUUGCAAUAAAACAUGAACACCACUGGGAUAUAUUGCAGAAAUAAAAAGGCAUGCUUUUAAUUUA